AUGCUUCAGGUGUUCUAUUUCUCUGCUAUUAUUGUCUCAGUUAUUUUUACUUUUGUAGGAAUCAUUACAAGUCUGUUUAUUACAGUGGUCAAUUACAAAACGUGGGCCAAGAGCCACAGAAUCUCCUCUUCUGAUAGGAUCCUGUUCAGCUUGAGCAUCACCAGAGUUCUUACGCUGGGAUUGUUUCUACUGAAUAUUAUCUGGUUAUUCUGUUCACAUUUUGAAAGGUCACACUUCGUGUCCAGUUUUUUUGCAUUUUGUUGGAUGUUUUUGGAUUCUACCAGUCUUUGGUUUGUAACCUUGCUGAACAGCUUGUACUGUGUGAAGAUUACUAAUUUCCAACAUGCAGUGUUUCUCCUGCUGAAACGAAAUAUCUCUCCAAAGAUCUCCAAGUUGCUGUUGGCCUGUGUGCUGAUUUCUGCCUUCACCAGUCUCCUGUAUGUUGUACUCAGCCAGACAUCACGUUUUUCUGAACUUGUGGCUAGUAGAAAUGUCACAUUAUUUGAUGAAGGUAUCUUGUCUUUGGUGACCUCUUUGGUCUUGAGCUCAUUUCUCCAGCUGAUCAUUAAUGUGACUUCUGCUUCCUUGUUAAUCCAUUCCUUGAGGAGACAUAUACAGAAAAUGCAGAGAAAUGCCACUGGUUUUUGGGAUCCCCAUUCUGAAGCUCAUGUAGGUGCUAUGAAGCUGAUGAUAUAUUUCCUCAUCCUCUACAUUCCAUGUUGUGUUGCUAACCUGCUCAAUUAUCUCCCUUUUUAUGUAGGGUUGGAUUGGGGGACCAAAUCCAUUUGUUUGAUUUUUGUCAACCUUUACUCUCCAGGACAUUCUAUUCUCAUUAUUAUCACACAUCCUAAACUGAAAACAAAGGCAAAGAAGAUUCUUUGUUUCAACAAAUAG